ACCUACAAUUUCUUCCUCCCUUAACAAGGAUUAAUCCCACCAAAGUUCUCUACACAGAGGUUGCUUGCUGUCCCCUCUUAUAAAACAUGAAGCAAAAAAUUGUUAUCAAGGUGCAAAUGACUAACGACAAAUGCAGAACCAAGGCCAUGAAGAUUGCCGCAAAAACACGUGGUGUGAUAUCGGUGGCAUUAGAAGGGUCGGACAAAGAUCAGUUGCCAGUGAUUGGUGAAGAUGUUGACUCAGCCAAGUUGACCUGCUUGUUAGGGAAGAAGCUUUGCUAUGCAUCCAUAUUGAGCGUGGAGGAAAUGAAGCCCGAAGAGAAUGAAGUUGAAGAAUUGGAUGAUAAGAACCAAGAGAGUCUGAAUUGUACCAUUACACCAAGUUAUCCACCAUUUCCCAGGUUCUAUGAAGUGGUAGCCUAUGAUCCGAGUCCAAGUUCCUGCUUCAUCAUGUGACCAACAUUUUAUUGAUUAUUGAAACCUAGAUCCAAUUUUUUUUCCCUCUCUUCUUGUUUUUGCUAAUUGUGUAGUGUGUUAUGUUCAUUCUAUUGCGAUAGAAAUUGGGUGUCCUAAAAUACAAUUCUUGUUAGGUUGACCUUAAUUAAUU